AGGUACAUAUUUAAAAAUUACGCGAUAAAACUAUAUGCAAGCAAAGGCGUAUACUUGUUGUGUACUGUUUUUUGUCUAGUUUUGACAUUAUGGUUUUAGCGAAAACGUUUAUGUGCCUAUGAUACAUGUAUCCAAACAGAAUGGCAAUGAACGACCAGAGGUGUAUUUCCGGAAAAUGACAAAAAUGCGCGCGCAAGUGCAGAAUAUUUCGCUAUUUAUAUUUGGCGCGAACCAAAAGGUAUGUAAAGCUACCUACUCCUAUAUAUUGUUUUUGCAUUUUCUCCCGUCUGCCAACAGGGUCCUCCGUAAUCGAGCGCGGUUGCGCAGUGCGUUUACUGAUGCAGUCUGCAGAUCAGGUGUGCGGUACAUUCUCUUAAAAUUAAACCGCGUGGUGUCGCAUUAAUAUUUACAAUGUGUGAUUUACUUUUUUAUUCUUCCAAAUCGGUGUAAAUAUACCUGCAAAUAAACAUAAUAUUAUUCAAUUUAUACAGUUUUCUCAUAACCGGUGAUAAUGGUGAAUAUUUAACAAUAAACAAACAGUUUUUUUUUAAUAGAUAAUCAUAUUCCAUACAAAUGAAUUCCAAAAAUAGCAAUGAAAUGGAUUCCGGCUCUUUCGAAGCGAACUAUGUUUACAUAUUUCAUAUUAUUCUUUCUAUUAUAUUUAUUUUAUGUUUUGAAUACUUGUUUAGUUGACGAAAGAAAGUAUACCUUCAAAUUGUUUUCUCUGAAGCGUCUAUCCACUUACAAAAGCGUCAGUCGCCGGUUCGCCGCGCUCCUGGGCUUUAGCCAUAGGCGCACCUACAUGCGACUUCGGCAACCCAACAUGGUGCCCACCAAGAGACUGCCGGAUGCCUUGGUCAUAGGGGUUAAGAAAUGUGGCACGAGAGCGCUUUUGGAGUUUUUAAGGUUGCACCCGGAUGUAAGGGCAGCUGGGUCUGAAGUGCAUUUCUUUGAUAAGUUUUAUCAUAAGGGCUUCGAAUGGUACAGAGACAAAAUGCCACCAACUCUCGAGGGACAAAUAACAAUGGAGAAAACUCCAUCGUAUUGGGUGACGCGGUCUGCGCCGAGGCGGGUCUACGCCAUGAACCCGUCGGUUAAGCUACUCGUCGUGGUUCGAGACCCGGUCACCAGGGCUAUCAGUGACUACACUCAGUCUGCGAGCAAAAGGCCCAGUCUGCCCCGUUUCGAAGAUCUAGCGCUAGUGAACAGCACAGUGGGCUGGGGCGGCGUGUGGUCUGUUGUGGACGCGUCGUGGCCCCCCGUGCGAUUAGGCAUCUACGCGCGACCACUGCGGCGCUGGCUCAGGCGGUUCCCCAGGUCCAGGAUACUGCUCAUUAGCGGCGAGCGGCUGGUUGUGGACCCUGCUUUCGAGAUGGCGAGAGUACAGGAUUUCCUCGGUCUAAAGCUGGUGAUAACAGAAAAGCAUUUCUACUUCAACUCGACAAAGGGGUUCCCGUGUCUCCUCAAAUCGGAAAGCCGACCGACCCCGCACUGUCUGGGCAAGACCAAGGGAAGGAGUCACCCACACAUCGACCCCGUGGCUAUAGAGAGAUUGAGAGAGUUCUACAGACCUUACAAUGAAAAGUUUUACGAACUCUCCGGAACUAACUUUGAGUGGCCUUGAUG